AUGGAACGCAGCGCACGUGACCAGAAAAUUCCGAGCUACCAAGAACUACCAGUGAAACGGACGAUGGCCCGAAAUUUCGCUGGCAUCCGACGUUCACUGCACUUCGACGAUGCUCUUGUUGCCGGACCACACACGCACAGCAUGACAAUACGAGCAAUACCACAGGUCUCCGUCGGCCGGAACGGCCUCGGCGCAUUCAUCCUCCAGUGCCGCAAGCUGGACUUUCACUACUGCGACUGGGCCGGCAGCUCCCGGGGAAUGAACCUCUUUAUCAAGCAGAAGCUCCAGAAGUUCGCCGCCCAGAAUCCCCAGAUCGAGUUCACCGUGUCGCCGCGACCGUCGCGACAUCCCGUCAUUGUCGGUACCUACAUCACCGGCCAGGAGCGCGCGAUUUGCGUGCGCAACCUGGACGCGAACCAGAUCCUGAAGAAGGCCGAGAUGCUGCGCGACGCGACUGGCGAGAAGAACAAGAAGUUUAGCAAGCCUGUGAGCAGUAUCAACGAGAGUGUGCGUGGCGUCUGGUCGCCGUACCACGGCCACGGCAUGAAGGUGUAG